AAAAAAAAAUCUAAAAAAAAAAAAAAUCCAAUUUUUGAUGAUCCUCCUUUAAAACAAAAAAUUAAUAAAAAUUAAGGGAGGAGCAGAUGAUUAUCGAAAAAAGAAGAAAACAUCAACCAACAGCAAACCAGGCAAAAGAAGACAAAAAAAAAUCCUCCUCUUCCUUGUACUAGCGAAAAAAAAAAAUUAAAAAAAAAAUUAAAAAAGGAAAAAAAAAAUGCUUUCAUACACACACACAUUUGUUCAUGACUCAUGUGUUUUUUUUUUCUUUGUAAUUUUACGAAAUUUUAAAUUUCAUUUUCUUAACCUUUUUUUUUUUUUUUUUUUAAUUUUAUUUUUUUCUUGCAGACAAAAUAGGAACGCCUGUAAUGAGUUUUUUUCUAGUUGGUGUUUGAAAAAAAAAGAGGGGGCAGGGAAAUUAAAAAGUCGUUUUCUGCACACCGUUUGCACGGGGCUUUCGGGGUUGACGACUCCCGAAAAGACGGGAUUUGUUGCUGUAAAAGAGCUGGUGUACACGCACAAACAUUUGGCAUAUAUUUUGCUUCGACGCCCAGUAAGGCAGUAACGUCAUUGGACGCAAUCAUAGACGGUGUGUGUGUGUGCAAGUCUAACCUGUUAUACCGCGUACACGCAACUAAGGAGGCAUGCAUUUUAUAUUUUUAUUUUAUCAUUAUUAAUUGUUGUUGUUUUUUUUUUUCUUUUUCAGAAUGUCAGAAAUGAGAUUGUUUUUUCCCAAAUAAUUAAACAAAAUAUAUAUUUUUUUACAGCCAAGUCCAAAACAAGUUAUGCAUUUUUAAGUGGGCGACAUUGUUAUGUUUUUUUUUGUUUUUUUUUAAUUAUUAUUUUAUUGUUGGCUGUAUUUGAUUUCCCAGACAAUUCCAGGUGUUUUCAGCCCAAUCUCCUAAAUUGGCGGAUGUGUUUCAUUCUUUUUCACAUUUCUUUUAACUUUUCCGCUAGAUGUCAGGAGAAUCGCCAGGAUUAAAAAAAACGAAAACAAACAAAAAAAGGUAAAAAUAUUUCGUGUUUUCCCAAUACUCUCAAUGACUGUUUUGUGAUUCUCCACAAGCCACUUUAUGCAUCGUCAUUGAAUCAUUGACUGGAGUACUCAAAAUAUUGCAGUCACUUUAACGCACUUUGCUGCGUCAUCCCCACAAAGGAGGUCACCCCACGCUUGCCUGAUUUAUUUUUUUAUUUUUUUUAUUAUUAUAAUUUAUUUUUUUUUUGUUUUUCUGAAGAGCUUCUUUACAAAAAUCGGAUUUAUUUUAUCUUGUCAUGCAGAGCUCCUUGUUGGUUACGCUAAUCAAGUCCAGGAGGAAAAAUUAAAAAAAAAACUGGUCUUUUUGGUACGACAAACAACCGUAAAUAGUAUAAUUGCUAACCAAAAGAUGGCGUUUCAGAUAAAAAGCCUAACGUCACUUCAAAUGUGUUUUACUCGCAGUUUGUUUAGAAAUGAAAUUAACAAUUAACACUUAACUCCAAUCGUUUUUCUUUCUAAACCAAUUGCCCGACAUUUUCCGGAGGUCAUUGGAUCCGAUCCUUGUUAUUAUACACAAUAAACACGUAAAUAUUGUUAUUACCUAUGUUAUCAUGUAUACCAGACCUUUUUUCUAAUAAUUGAUGCAGGACGACGGCAGGCAGAGCCGACAGUAUCUAAAUUGUUGACACUAUUGACGUCAGCAUAGCGAAAGCCUGGACGCGCAUGCGGCGAUUGACGCCGAGCAACACGGUAGAUGUUUCCGCUUCUUGUAUGAAAGUACCUAUUGCUAAAAACAUCGCCGCUUAGUUGGCACACGAAAUAGCAGGAUGAAUGAAACGAAUUCAACUGCGACUCGUGUAGCGGCCAGUGACUACGACGUGCCCAUCAUGGCGCUAACUGUCACGUUUGCUCAAAUAGUUUUCCGACUCACUGUCGUCUCUGUUGGCAUGUUGUUGAACAGUGUCGUCUUCUUGGUGGUGAGCUGUUCGCGACAAUUGCGCUACCCGCGUCACAUUUUCUGGGCCGCCGUUGCGCUGGUCGAUUGCCUUUUCUUAGCGCAAUGCGUUCUGGAACUGGCCGUGAUCGUCAAUCACGAUCACCUGGCGUGUACGUUUAAUGUUCUGUUGGCCUUCACAGACUACUCGAUCUUGUUACUCUUCCUGUGUCUAGCGGCUCUCGAUCGCUACCUGGCCAUUGUCCGUUACGAACGAUACAAACGAAGCGUCACAAUUCGAGCUACUGUCACAUUGCUUUCGUGUGCCGCUGCCGUGACGUUCGUCAUCAUAACGAGUCCGUUUUGGACGGGCCACAGAUCCGUCCACACCUGCACGAUUCAUUUGGCACAGAUGUACUGGGUUUUCGCCUGGAAUUCGUUGCUGGGCAUUUUUUGCGUCUUCCUUCAUGUCAUUAUCUUCGUCAAAUCGAGGAAAAUUAUUCGCAGUUAUUUCCCCAAUCGUUGCCAACCUCCCAUUACGCUCAAAUUCGUCGAUCCUGCUGUCCGUUUGCCUGGCCACCAUUCUGUUAUAGCAAACGUAGGAGGCGACAGGGAACUGUCAAGAGCUGCACGAGCAUCUGGACCAGCUCGGUUAGAAAACCCAUCAUCGUUGGACAGAGAUCUCUUUCAAAAAAUGAAUCUCCAUGGAGACGGUCUUCAUGCACCAACUCAUCACGCGGACACGGAAUGCUUCCCGUGGAUGCAGGGCCGCUCGAUAGUCAGCCGGAUGGAAGCUCGGGCUGCUGUGCGGAUGUCCGUUAACCUUCUACCACUUUGGCUGUGCACCUUCCCGAUAUCUUGUACAUCAUUGGCUAUUUAUUGGUGCAUUCGCCUCGGCGGUGAUUGCACCAUUUUAGGUCAAAUCAUGUCCUACCUGCGUGAUGUGUUCUUGCUGCACAGCAUCUACAAUCCAGUUAUGUACAUGUGCACGAGUUCCGAAUUUCGGAGGGCCUUCAAUCACAUCGCGUGGAAAUUGAAAAUUGGAUGUCAGACCGGCACAAACUAGAGCCACAAUUGCAUUUUUGCAUUUAUUGAUAUAUGUAUUUUCGCAAUUACGGUAAAUUUCCAUGCAAUUCACGAGUUUUUGGCUGCUCCAGUUUUUCAGCAUUUCUUAUUUCCUAGAAUUCAAAACUGUAAUCAGAAGAUUGGUAUAUGUUUCACAAAGAGGCUUUGCGAAUACAACUUGUUUUUAUA